CAUCUCUUAUUUCCUUUUGUUUUGUCUCUUUUAAAACUGUUUAGUUGUCAUGAAGUCACGUGAAUGUCUAAGCCUCUCUCUCCUUAGACUAAAAAAGACUCUUCUUUUAAGAUCAACUCCUCAAACCAAUAUCUCCCUCUUGAUCAAUCUAUCUCAUUCUUCUUGAUCACUUUCCCCAUGACUCCACCUGAUCACAUAACUCCUAAUUUCCCUUUUGGCCUCAAUAAUAAUAACAACAAUGAUCUCAACAAUUCUCUUGUUACCCCUAAUUAUCAAGCUUCUUCUUCUCACUCAUCCUAUAAUCACUUUUUCUUCAACUCAACUACCAAUCAAACGGCAAGUUUUCAUCAUCAACAUACCCAAUACUAUAUGCAAAAUGAGCAUCAACUUGAGGUUGAUAAUGAUGGUGGAUCGUCAUAUGAUUUAGGGAAGAAAAACAAGGGAGGAAGUGGCCUCAAAUUGAGCUUGUGGAAGAGAGAAGACAAGUUAGUCAUGUCUUCAGAGAUAAAAGACUUGGAUCAAGAAAGAAAGAAAAAUAUCACCAAUAAUGAUUGCAUCAAAUUGAAGUUGGGAGAUCAAAAGCAACAACCUAUACAAACUGAUUACAGCUCUAACAAUAUACCUAUUAGGGUUUGUACUGAUUGUAACACUACUAAGACCCCUCUUUGGAGAAGUGGUCCUAAAGGACCUAAGUCAUUGUGUAACGCAUGUGGAAUCCGACAAAGGAAGGCAAGACGAGCAAUGGCAGCAGCAGCAAAUGGGAAAACUGAUCAUCAAACAGCAAUGAAGAUAAAGGUACAACAACACAAACCAAAUAUAACAAAAGUUAGAACUAACAAUCAUGUUACACCCUUCAAGAAAAGGUGCAAAUUGGGUCCUUCUUCCUCUGGUACUAAUAAUGCACCAAAGAAACUUGGUUUUGAAGACUUGUUGAUAAACUUGAGCAACCAGUUGGCUUUCCAACAAAUUUUCCCACAAGAUGAGAAGGAAGCAGCAAUCCUCCUAAUGGCACUCUCAAGUGGCCUUGUUCAUGGCUAAUUAGUUAGACUUCUUUCAAGUGAGAGUUUGUGUUUGAGAUUAUAAUAAUUACUAGGAAGAUUAAUACUUAUUAAUUAUAUGAGUGUUAGCAAGAAUGAGAGUAAAUUGAGUCACGAAAUUUAUUAAUAAGAAAUAUUAGGAUUAAUAAAUUAAAUAGUAUGCUUUUGUGUUGUGAUGAUCGUUUGUAAGAUCAUAAUUUAAUAAUAUGAA